AUGAGUGGUAACUACAAGUUCAUUGUUAUUGGUUCCAGUGGUGUUGGUAAGACAGCAAUCCUCAAGCGUCUCGUAGAUGAUGUUUUCACUGGUGAAUCACAAUCUACAAUCGGUGUUGAAUUUAUCGCUACAACAAUUGAUGUUGAUGGACAGAGUGUUAAAUUACAGGUUUGGGAUACAGCCGGUCAAGAAAGAUUCAGAUCCAUCGCUAAAGCAUACUUCAGAAGUGCCAUCGGUGUUAUCUUGGUCUUCGAUUUAACAGAUCGUAAAUCAUUCGAAGAUCUUAACCAGUGGCUUAAUGAUGUUCACUCUCUUUGCGAUCCAAACGCUGUUGUUACGCUUAUUGGUAACAAGUCAGAUCUUGUCGGACAACGUGCAAUCACACAGAGUGAAGCAGAGGCUUUCGCUGCCAUGCAUUCACUUACAUAUCUCGAAACAUCUGCUCUUGGCGGUGAUAAUGUUCAAGAAGCUUUCCAGAGAACAGCUGCAGAAGUAUAUCGUCGUUCUUUGAUGAAGGGUGACAAUAAAUCAGCCCAACCAGAUGUUAAGAAGCUUGAUAACAAGCAAGGCGGUGAAAAGAAGUGCUGUUAA